AACGCUGGGCUGGCAGCUGAUGGCUGAGGUGAGGUGAGGUGGCGGAGCCGAGCGCGGGGCGGCGCGGCGGAGCGAUGUGGGGGCAGCAGCGGCGGCGGCAGCCGCAGGACCAGCUGUUAGCGAUGUGUGUUGGACAGGAAAGAUGAUCUAAAUCCUGCACCUUCUAAGCAUUAAGAUCAAGGUUGAGGUGAAAGGACAGGAAGAAAGCAUGGCUGGGCCGGGUGCUUUUCAAGGUGGGACUUGGAUAUCCAGAUUUACUCAUCAUCAUGUUGUUGUGUUCCUGCUCACCUUCUUCAGUUAUUCACUUCUUCAUGCUUCAAGAAAAACCUUUAGCAAUGUGAAAGUCAGCAUUUCUAGCCAGUGGACUCCAACAUAUUUAAACAAAACUGCUGUGAAACUGGAGCCUGUAGAGCUUUGGAACAGCAGCCAUUUAUUUCCAAAUGCUGAGGAAGCAACCCUUUUCCUAGGAACACUGGACACCAUUUUUCUCUUCUCUUACGCUGUGGGUCUUUUCAUCAGUGGUAUAAUUGGGGAUCGGUUUAAUAUGCGAUGGGUUCUAUCAUUUGGCAUGUGCUCCUCUGCAGUAGUGGAAUUUUGCUUUGGCACCCUCACAGAAUGGCUUCGUUUCUAUAACAAGUGGUUCUAUUGUUCCCUGUGGAUUUUGAAUGGCCUGCUACAGUCCACUGGUUGGCCAUGUGUUGUUGCAGUAAUGGGUAACUGGUUUGGGAAAGCUGGACGUGGAGUUAUUUUUGGUCUCUGGAGUGCUUGUGCCUCAGUGGGCAAUAUUUUGGGAGCAUGUCUAGCAUCUUCAGUUUUGCAGUAUGGGUAUGAGUAUGCCUUCUUGUUAACAGCGUCAGUACAGUUUGCUGGUGGAAUCGUUAUCUUCUUUGGGCUUUUGAUAUCUCCAGAAGAAAUUGGUCUUCCAGGGGUUGAGGAAGAAGAAAGUUCUGAAGAUGACCCUUGUAAACCAUUAAUUAACAAUACUGACAAUGAGGAUUGUGAGCCCAAUUAUUCAAUCCAAGAAGUCAGUACAAUCCAUCAGCCCAAGGCGAUCAGCUUUUACCAGGCUUGCUGUCUUCCUGGAGUUAUGCUGUAUUCCCUGGCCUAUGCCUGCUUGAAGUUAGUGAAUUACUCCUUCUUCUUCUGGCUGCCCUUUUAUCUGAGCAACAACUUUAGAUGGAAAGAGGCUGAAGCUGACAAGCUCUCCAUUUGGUAUGAUGUCGGAGGAAUUAUAGGUGGAACUUUACAAGGCUUCAUCUCUGACAUGCUACAGAAAAGAGCACCAGUGCUAGCUGGGAGUCUGCUUCUGGCAAUUGGGUCCCUGGUUGGAUAUAGCCGUUCUCCAAACAAUAAGACUAUUAAUGCACUCCUAAUGGCUGUUACAGGGUUUUUCAUUGGAGGACCCUCCAAUAUGAUUAGUGCUGCUAUUUCUGCGGAUUUGGGUCACCAGGAGCUGGUACAAGGGAGCAGUGAAGCUUUGGCCACAGUUACAGGAAUUGUCGAUGGAACCGGGAGUAUUGGAGCAGCAAUGGGCCAGUUUUUAGUGUCUUUGAUUCAGGACAACCUAGGCUGGAUGUGGGUUUUCUAUUUCUUCAUUUUAAUGACAAGUUGUACAGUUCUGUUCAUCUCACCAUUAAUAGUGAGGGAAAUAAGAUCUCUUGUGCUAAGAAGAUAAGACAUACAUUGAGUGAAUGACCAUUGUCCCUGGGAGAGAGGCUGUUGUAGAAAAAACAGAAGGACACAAACUGGACUGUUAUUUCAUUUUAACUUCUUUGAAGUCACUAUAUUUGGAGGAAGUUAGUUGGUGGGAUAGACUGCUGCUGAACUUGGAAUCAAGAAGAACUGAGUUCUAUUCCUGCCUCAGACCCGGGCAUUGUGACCCCAGGCACCGUCACUUAAACUUCUGUCUGGCUGCCUCCAGGGGUUGUUGGGAGGAUUAAAUGAGAUAACAUUAUGUAAGGUGCUUUUUAAAUCUUAAAGCGCUAUGUAAAUGGUAGCUAUCAUUAUUAUUGUUGGUGGGGGAAGGGGAAAUCAUCCAAAAUGGCUGAUUAAGCAUUCAGCAUUAUCAGCCCCUGGAGGAGCAGAUCCUGAACAGCCACAAGGCAGAACAACUGUCUACACUACAAGAAUGGACUGACUGACCUCUACAGGCACAGGAUGCUCCAUUUUAAUUCUCCUGCUCUUCUGGACCUUGUUCAGGUUCAUACCUGUCACCUUGAUAGCUGCAUCUCUUCUCCAUCAAACAACACUAAACCUUGAGUUUUCAAGUUCAGAAAAAGUGAAGAUGAGGAACCAUGGUUUUUAUAUCAGUGAGCUUCUUCAGCACUGUGAUUUGCCAUGGUUCUUGUCCAUGGUGGCAGUGAAUUAAAGGAAUAAGUGAUUCUGGAAGCAUUCUGUUUUGAUCAAGUGCAUGAGUUGGACUUGAGAAUUGUUUUAAGUAUUCCUUGGUUGAAAAAUUCCUCUGGCAUAUCAGUUCUUAGGGGAAAAUGAUACAACAUGCUUAAUAACUUAAUCACCAGCUCUCUAGCUUUAAUUCAUUCUUAUGGCCACUCUUUCAGUCCACUUGGCUUUAUUAAGAAUUACUUUAACUCCUGGAAGUACUGAUUAACCUUCCUUUUCAAGGACUUAUAAGGUAGGUUAAUUAUCUUGGACAUUCCAAAAUAUAACUAGCAGCUGAAGUAUGUAGUGGCCCAAAUUUGCUGCCAGGGAACUUUAAUAACGUAAAUGAGUUAUAAUCCUCAGCCCUAUUAUUAGGAGAUUGAUCUCUGUUCCAGGUGAGCUCCCUAAGCCAUUUCAGCAAAGAAUCAAAAUUGGAAAGGAGGAAGGGACUUAGGUAUGGAAAGGAGCCUGUGACAGUUGAGAAUCAACAUUGGAAAAAUGGUAAGGUCUGGGAGGUAAUUGUUUUAUAGAAAAAUGAAAACCAUCUCCAAGGACAUGCAUUCUAUGCUAGUCACCAGCAUUAAGGGUUGGGGGUGGGGUGAGUGGGUUAAAUUAUGUAAACUAGCUAGCUAGGGGGGGAAACGUGCAAUUUUCGAUGUAUUUCUGAUUAUUGAAUUGGUUAGGGAGCAGUUUUCAGUCUCCUUAUUUUCCGUUAUGUGUUGUAUUUGUGGUUUUGGAGAAGGAAUCACUUUUAUCAGCCAGAUUUCUAAUCAGGUUGUUACUUAUUGCUGACAAAAAGGGAAGCCUUUGUGGGCUAACAAGGGCUGGAAGUCAUGGGAAGAGAAAAAUAUACUGACUUUUAUGUAUUUUUUUUUAAUUUUCAGUUCCAAAUUCUCUUUCCCUCCAGUCCCUCUCCCACCACUGAGAAGGCAAGCAAUACUACACCCCUGUACCCAUCAUACGGGUGAUGACUUUUAUAUUUUUAAAAUUAUGUAAAUUAGUGAGGGGAUUUUAAUUUAUGUAUUUAAGCAUUUCAUUGUGUGAGCUGUAAGAAUUAGAAUGUUAUUAGUGCCUUAAGAUUCUCUGGGAUAUUGAAUGUUGCCCAGUGAUGGUUUCUCUACUGUGCUGGGAGGAUUCAUGGCUUCUCCAUUAGUACACAGACAAGUGGCAGCCUCAUUUCUGUGCUGUUAUUUGAGAGCCUUCCCUCCCCUUUGUCUAAUAUUGGGCCUAUUUUCAGCUAAGUUUAGAUAAAUUGCAUUCUUUGAAUUUAAUCACAGGUAGUAGACCAACCUCAAUCUAAUCUUUGCUUCUUUCUAGCAUUUAAUGUAGAGAGUUUUUUCAUGAAUAAUCUGCAGUAUUUCGGGACCUAUAUUAUCCCUUAUUUGUUUAAUCAAAUCUUAACCCUUGUGGAAAAAUUAAAGAUGUAUAAUUCUAUGUACUUCUGAUCCAAAUGUAUUAUUAAGAGGUUUUUGUCAUGAUACAAAAUAACUUAUUUGGUCUUACACAAUCUGAAAUGAGGGAUACAGUUUAAAGAAUAUGUGUGUAUACAGAUGUAUAUAUGAAUUUAUAAACAUACAUGUAUACAUGUGCGUACCUUUUACUUCCUACUGUUUUAUCUCUCUUUAGGAACUGUGUAGCUAAAAGAAAGGCUAACAAUAAAAUGCCUUCAUCCUUUACUAUACAGAAGGUUCUCAGAUACCUGUUAUUGAAACAAAACUCCUAAUCUUUUUAUUUUUAAAAAUCUGAAGCAGCUUGGGGGUUCCUUAAAAGGAUCAGGUGGGGGAGCAUUCUAAUAAUGUUAAAAAAUGAGGUGACAUGAAUAAAUUUUUUUAUGAAAUGGAA